ACAUGACUAACUAUAGUGUGCAUCGCACACGUUAGCGGGUUAGUCUAUCUCCUUUAGUAGAAUUUGUUGACCUAUUAAGAUCUCGAAUCAAACCCGAACUCAAGUCGAGCUUGUUUAGCCAAACUUUGAGUCUCUGACAGCCGAGUAUCAAGCAGUUUGCGAGUAAGCUUGGCUCGUUAACACGCCUAGCUGGCUAGCUCCACAAAUAAACUCUCCCCUAGUCCCCUCAUUUUCCCCCAAAUUGAAAUAGAAAUUGAAAUUGAAACCCUAGCCUUUCAAUCUCAUGGAAAUUCUUCCAACAGACGUAGUAAUCAACAUACUAUCUCGAUUACCAGUGAAAUCUCUGCUACGAUUCAAAUGCGUCUGCAAAUCAUGGAGAACCCUAAUCAACACUCCAUCAUUCACAAAUCUUCAUCUCUCAAAUUCUCUCUCCUCCAACUCCAAUCGUAUCCUCAUCGUCUCCACCAUCAGCAACAAUCUCUACUCCUUCGACCUCGAUUCUCCAGAAUCCCCUGCUAUACAGCUGCAAAUCCCCCAAAUUUUCGACCUAUGUUUCAAUAAUCAAGUGUUAAAAUCCAAACAAGUUCGCCAUAAGUUCAACAACAAAGUGAUCAAAUUUGGCGGCUUUGCUUAAUCCAUUUACACAAUUUUACAAGAUAAUUCCUGGAAUAGUGGGUCUGGGUUUUGAAUAUUUUGAUCGUUUAGGGUUAGGGUUUGAUUCUUUGAAUUGUGAUUAUAAAGUUGCUAGAACAAGUGGUGUAAAAACUAUGGUUUAUAGCUUGAACGAUGAUUCAUGGAAAUGUUGUACUAAUUUUAAGUUUGAUGAUUGUGAUGAAUUUUAUGUUGAUCAAGCUAGGUGUAAUUCUGGUGUACUUGUACACAACCAUUUGCUGCAUUGGAUCAUGUUUUCGCGGUUGUUGCCAGACAAAGCUCGCAAUGAGGAAUGGAGUGUGGUUCCUUUGCCGGAUAGUGUAAUUGAGAAGUACAAUGAAUAUUGUAUUCUAAAACUGAGGGUAUUGGAUGAUUGUCUAUGUCUGUUUAUGUUUACAAAUGAGGUCAGUCUUAGACUUGGUUCGUAUUAUGUAUGGAUCAUGAAGGAGUACGGGGUGGCCAAGUCGUGGGUUGAGUUAUCGGGUAUUUCUGACUGGGUGACGAAUGAUAAGAAAUAUUAUUAUUGCGGUUUUCUUCCACCCAUUGCUUUCUGUAAGGAAAGACAAGAGAUCUUAUUGAACCAACCUGAUCCCUGGUACGAUACUGCUAGAUUUUACUGGUUUAACUUACAAGAGAAAACAGUCAGAGAUGCUAGAAUGCAGGGGAUACCAGAGUAUACUGGGAUGGUUGUGUCUUGGGGAAGUGUUGUUAGCAUUAGUGGCGGCGUGCAAAUUGGUAAAGAGGACCAAGAUGGACCAAACCUGUGAUCAACCAUCAACCAGCAAUGCCAAAAAUCUUAUUGGUAUGUGAAGCUUAAUUUGAGUAUGUAGUCUAGAUCUGAUUGUGUGUAAAGCAAUGAAUCUUAAUUUGAGUAUGCGAUCUGGAUGUACAUGUAAUUAAGACAUUUCGCAAGUAUUAAGAAUGUUGUAUUCAACUUGCAAAUUCUCUCCCACUGAAUACCUAAGUAGAACUUCAUGUGAGAUAUUCUUUUUGGUAGUCAACCAAAUGAUCGCGUAGUGUUUCUAUUUGUUUUAAAUGUAUGUAAGGUAUUUUGGUGAGAUCGUCUAACAUACACUUUUAGUGAGAUUGAGU